AAAAGCAAAUCUCCUAGAUUUGCCAAACCCACUUUAGUGCUCAGUUGCUGAUAAAGAAUAAGGAAGGACUGAGUGAGCCAAUGAACACACAUGUGUCCCCCAUGUCAGCUGCCUUCUUUACCUUGACCACCUGAGAAGGAUCCCAAAUUCUUAUUCAGAGUUGUCUCUUUGGUGACAUUGGCUACUCUUCUCAAAACCAUCAUUUCAAGGCUCAGGAGGAACUGCAGGACAAAGAAAAGGCUUGGAGGACCUCAAUCUACUGUGCCAAUAGGACAUGAAUGACCCACUUUUUAUUGCUUACUACUUGAAGGCACCUAAAUAGGAGUUCACAGGACUCUUUGUAGAACCCAUUGACCCCGCUGUCAAGAAAUUGACCUAGGAGCGACCGCCCCCUGAAGGAAAUGUCUGACACUCAUCACAGCAGCCCUCUCCUGACAGAGCCUCUUUCCAGCAGAUACAAACUGUAUGAGUCAGAGUUUACCAGCCCUAGCUGGCCCUCAAGCCCCCAGGAUACACACCCAGCCCUGCCCCUCCUGGAAAUGCCUGAAGAAAAGGAUCUCGGGUCAUCCAAUGAAGACAGCCAUAUUGUGAAAAUGGAAAAACUCAAUGAAAGGAGUAAAAGGAGAGAAAGCGGGGCAGCUCAUCGGGGCUCUACAGGCUUGGGGGGCAUCAGCCUCUUCCAAGCAGUGGGAUACCUCACAGGGGACAUGAAGGAGUGCAGGAGCUGGCUGAAAGAUAAGCCACUGGCCCUCCAGGUUACAGACUGGGUCCUGAGGGGCACUGCUCAGGUAAUGUUUGUCAACAACCCUCUCAGCGGACUCAUCAUCUUCAUAGGGCUUCUGAUCCAGAAUCCCUGGUGGACGAUUGCUGGGGUGUUGGGGGCAGUGGUCUCAACCUUAACUGCCCUCGCCUUGAACCAGGACAGGUCUGCCAUCGCCUCAGGCCUCCACGGGUACAACGGAAUGCUGGUCGGACUACUGAUCGCUGUGUUCUCUGAGAAGUUAGACUAUUACUGGUGGCUUCUGUUUCCUGUGACCUUCACAGCCAUGACCUGCCCAGUUCUUUCCAGUGCCUUGAAUUCCAUCUUCAGCAAGUGGGACCUUCCUGUCUUCACGCUGCCCUUCAACAUUGCUAUGACCCUGUACCUGGCAGCCACCGGCCACUACAACCUCUUCUUCCCCACAACACUGGUGGAGCCUGUGUCUUCAGUGCCCAAUAUCACCUGGACAGAGAUGGAGAUGCCCUUGCUGCUACAAGCCAUCCCCAUCGGGGUUGGCCAGGUGUAUGGCUGUGACAAUCCCUGGACAGGCGGCGUGUUCCUGGUGGCUCUGUUCAUCUCCUCACCACUCAUCUGCUUGCAUGCAGCCAUUGGCUCAAUUGUGGGGAUGCUAGCAGCCCUCACGGUGGCCACGCCCUUCAAGACCAUCUACAUGGGCCUCUGGAGCUACAACUGUGUCCUCUCCUGCAUCGCCAUAGGGGGCAUGUUCUACGCCCUCACCUGGCAGACGCACCUGCUGGCCCUCGUCUGUGCCCUGUUCUGUGCAUACAUGGGAGCAGCCCUGUCCAACAUAAUGUCGGUGAUUGGUGUGCCGUCAGGCACCUGGGCCUUCUGCCUCUCCACCCUCAUCUUCCUGCUCCUGACAACCAACAACCCUGCCAUCUAUAAGCUCCCACUCAGCAAAGUCACCUACCCAGAGGCCAACCGCAUCUACUACCUGACAGUGAAGAACUUUGAAGAAGAGAAGUCCCCCAGCGGUGUUGGUGGGGAGCAGCCAGCCACAACCAGCCCAAGGGCCGAUGAGGGCUCAGAAGCCGUGCCCCCCAAGCCCAGGAGCGUGUUCCACAUCGAGUGGUCAUCCAUUCGGAGAAGGAGCAAAGUGUUUGGAAAAGGCGAACACCAGGAGAGGCAAACCAAAGACCCUUUUCCCUAUCAGUACCGGAAGCCCACGGUUGAAUUGCUGGAUCUAGACACCAUGGAGGAGAACACUGAGAUAAAGGUGGAAGCGAACGUUUCCAAGACUUCCUGGAUUCAGAGUCACAUGGCUGCCAGUGGGAAGAGGGUCAGCAGAGCCCUCAGCUACAUCACAGGGGAGAUGAAGGAGUGUGGUGAGGGUCUUAAAGACAAAUCCCCAGUGUUCCAGUUCCUUGACUGGGUCCUCCGGGGUACGUCACAGGUGAUGUUUGUGAACAACCCCCUCAGUGGCAUCCUCAUCGUCCUUGGCCUCUUCAUCCAGAACCCCUGGUGGGCCAUCUCCGGCUGCUUGGGAACUGUUGUGUCCACUUUGACAGCUCUCAUCCUGAGCCAGGACAGGUCCGCCAUCGCAGCAGGACUUCAUGGCUACAACGGGGUGCUGGUGGGGCUGCUGAUGGCUGUGUUCUCAGACAAGGGCAACUACUACUGGUGGCUUCUGUUCCCUGUCAUCGUUAUGUCCAUGUCUUGCCCCAUCCUCUCCAGUGCCCUGGGCACCAUCUUCAGCAAGUGGGACCUCCCCGUCUUCACACUGCCCUUCAACAUCGCUGUGACCCUGUACCUGGCAGCCACCGGCCACUACAACCUCUUCUUCCCCACAAUGCUGCUGCAGCCUCCAUCCUCCGUGCCCAACAUCACCUGGUCAGAGGUCCAAGUGCCCUUGCUCUUGAGAGCCAUCCCUGUUGGAGUCGGCCAGGUGUAUGGCUGUGACAACCCCUGGACUGGAGGCAUUUUCCUCAUAGCUCUGUUCAUAUCUUCACCUCUCAUUUGCCUACACGCUGCGAUCGGCUCCACCAUGGGGAUGUUGGCAGCCCUCACUAUUGCAACGCCCUUGGACUCCAUCUACUUCGGCCUGUGUGGUUUCAACAGCACGCUGGCCUGCAUUGCCAUCGGAGGCAUGUUCUACGUCAUCACCUGGCAGACCCACUUCCUGGCCAUCGCCUGUGCACUGUUUGCGGCCUACCUGGGUGCUGCGCUGGCUAACGUGCUGUCCGUGUUUGGACUGCCACCAUGCACCUGGCCCUUUUGCCUCUCAGCACUCACCUUCCUGCUCCUGACGACCAACAACCCUGCCAUCUACAAGCUUCCACUCAGCAAAGUUACCUACCCAGAGGCCAAUCGCAUCUACUACCUAUCCCAGGAGAAAAACAGAAGAGCAUCAACCAUAACAAAGUACCAGGCCUAUGAUGUCUCCUAGGCUGCCUUUUCCAAAACAUGUCACUGUGUACUCAGCCUUCAUCAGGUCAUCCAGGUCCCCAGGCUGAAGGCCACGCAAACUCCCUUUCUGUCUGUUCUGUGAUUCUUUCCCCAAGCAAGCCUACACCCUAGUUUUUCCCCACAUAGGGAAAUACGUGUCUAGUCACCAUUUAGGAACCUCUCUGUUCUAAGAUGUACAACAUUUAUCAAAGAUACCGUUAGUUUAGACUUCAUACUCACAAAUCAUACCGUAAGAACUCCCUUUGAAGGGAAUUUGCCCUCUUCUGCAAAAUAAGCCACAUCCCUAAAGAGAACUCAUUAAGAAGGGGACAGGGAUUGGUGGCAUGAGCCUCCAACUCAGUCAUUUUAUGGAGCCAUGCACAGUUCCAGGAAACAUGCAUCAGCCUGGAAGGGGAUAGGAUGGUUUGGCCCUAGCUCUGCCCCUAGGGAGCCCCUGCCAUCUGGAGUGAAUGCAUCCCUGCUCUCAGCCUUGAAUUCUUACUGGUUUCAUGACAGGGAGGGAUUCAGUCCCUCCCACCUCGGAAGUGUUGAUUCUUCUCUCUCUCCCGUAAACUGAUGAAAUCAGUGUGACCAUCAAGUAAUUACUUUGAGUCAAGUAAUAGAUGGAGGGCUUACCUGGAGAAGAGGCAGGAAAUUUUUAAUGUUCUGAGAUUUGUUCUUGAGUCACGAGAAGAUGUUCUCCAGAUUUGGGGUUAGGAACUUAAAUUCACUGGAAAUGCCAAUGUGCUUUCCUUUACAUAACACAAAUAUUUCUGGAAAUGUCAUAAGAUGAAAACUGAUCUUUUUCAACAUCCAAAUCAUGUUUUAAACAAAUGUUUUUUCUUUAGUAGUAUUCAUAAACAUGCUGUCAUUAAACGGUUAAGUUCACAA